UCGUGCGCAUGGUCGUUCAAUUGUAGAAACGCGGAAGUGUUUCAGAUACAAAGGCUGUGACGGAGUUAGGUUUUUCUCUAAAUACCAGUUUUCCUGUGAAGCGGAGAAACCAGAACCCCUCAAAAUGUCCGUCUACUCUCCGACGACGGUUUCUACUCCCAAAGACUCCUGCUGUUUGGGCACAGAGUUCCUGGGGAAACCUCGCUUCUUCCUGAAAAUCGCUGAAGUGCUCUUCUCCCUGGUGGCCUUCGUCCUGGAGGAGACCGUCACCAGCUGCAGUAGCUGCUCCCCUCUCUACUUCUUUGAGUUUGUGAGCUGCACGGCCUUCCUGUUCACCGCUCUGCUCUUAGUCCUCCUCUCCACCACCCUGCACAAGAGAGUGGGCAUCAACUGCUGGCCCAAAGUGGACUUCCUGUACACUUUGAUCAUUGCUGUGCUUUUCCUCAUCUCCUCCAUCGUGUUUGCAUCCGAUAACGGAGGAACGUCUGUGGAGAAAGCCUCCGUGGCUUUUGGCUUCGUGGCGAUGGUGCUGUUCUGCAUUGACGUGGGCCUCUUCGUGAAGACCAGCGGUAACCCGUUUAGGAACAGCGAGGGCUCGCCCACCGCGAACGGCGGCCCAGCUCAACCAGAGGUGGAGAAACUGAACGGCGACGUCCCCGCAGAGUCCAACGGCGCGCAGUAGGCGCCCCCGUCUUCACCUUGUUGAAUGUAGUGAAGCGUGACAUCAGCUGCAGUCGAUCCCGUUUUUUAUUUCAGCCUUUGUUUCAACACCAGAGGGCGCUGUGCUCUAAAACCCUGUAGUUUCUGAGCACAGCGCCGCCGGUGAUGCGUUUAAAAAAAAGAAAUCUGAGACAGAAACCUUUUUUUUUUCUUUAUUAAAAUCACAUUAGGAAUCAAAGGACACUAAACCCAUCAAACCACUAAACCUUUUUAAUCCUUCACUGGGAACCAGACGUCUUACUGGUUCUCUUUCUGUCUGCUUUGCUUUUUUUAAUAUAUUCACCGAAAACUGCCUUAAAAUCAUGAUGAUGUUUUAGAAACCUUUUCAGAUCAGCAGGUUGUGCCAUUUUCCUUCUUUUUUUUCUAGAAAUAUAUCAAGCAUGUAUUUUCUGUAAAAUGUCUUUUGUAUAUUUGUUCUUUUUUUCUUUUUAAAUCUAAAGGAUUUUUCUUUUUUUUAAAUGAAUCAGAACCACAAACUGUGCCUGAAAUCAGAGGCGUGACCCGAAUGGCGAAACGGUUCGGCUUUAAAAGAAGAGUCCGGUUUUCCUUCUGUGUCCAGCAGGCGGCGCUGCGGCGCAUCCUGAGGGAAAAGCUGCAAAGCUUUUUAAACCUUUUCCUUCAGUCGGUCGUCUGUUAAUCAUGUCAGAGGUGGAAAAACGGUCGGUUGGUUUCCUGUUUUCCUCAGAAUCUCUUUGUUUUCUCUCGGUUCUUCUGUUUUUAUGCGCUUUGCUUCUCCUGGAGCCUCAGUUUGAUGAUGAAAAGCGAUCGAUGCUGUUACAGUUUUAAUCUUCAUGGUCCCUCGCCGGGAUUUACCGGAACAUUCGGUCCAGUCGGGUUAAUGAGGGAUUCUUACUUUGGAAAAGUGAUCUAGAAAUUCUUAAAUAAAGUGUAUUUACCUUUAAUUUGAGUAGCUAAAUUAGACAGGAUUUUUACUCUUAAAAUAAGACAAUCUGAUUGUUUUUUUUAUUUUAAAUCUAAAUUGUCUUGUUCAAUCGGCAAAAUGUCUCUUUUAUCUCCUCAAAUGCACUUAUUUUAAGAAAAAAUGAGUUAGAUUUUUUCCAGUGUAGAAACCAGACGGGUUUUUCUGUUUAUAUUCAGCCAGAAACGGUCCGGUUUUUAUCAGCCGAUCCUUAUUGGUUUGUUUCUGCUCCUGUUUUAUGGUUUUAUGCCCAGAAAUUCGGUCGGACUGCAAGUCAGAGAGGAGAGAACUUUUAGGACUUUGGUGCUGCAGAUUUCAAACUGAAGAUCAUUCCAAUGAGGCUUUAAUCUGAACUUUUAUUGACCUUUUGUUUUUGUGAUAAUCAUGAACCUGUAAAAAAGCUUAAUCUUAAAUGUUUUCUGUCUCUGACCAUCAUUCAGGACCAAAUGUGUCGGUUCCACGCUGAAGGUUUCGCUCUGAAGGUCUUUAUGUCCUGCUUUUAUUUUAAUAAACAUUUUUGACUU